AUGCAUUGCAUAAAUUCUAGAUCUUUAAAGUAUUUUAAGACUAUCAACUAUAUUAAUUUCAGUUCUAGGAAAACCAGUAGUUUUUUAAUUAAUGACAAUAAAUAUUUGUUUCUUAAAACUCUUGGAUUGACUGAAGAAAAUGCUGGUGUAUAUGAUGGAAAAUGGAACGCAAAUGGAAAUGUUAGUAUUACUUUGGCAUCAUAGAAUUAUUUAAAAUAUACAAUUAUUCCAUAGGUUAUUACAUCAUUUUGUCCAGCAAAUGGUCUACCUAUAGCCUCAGUGCGUAAUGGAAACAAAGCAGAUUAUGACAGAUGUGUAUCUAAUGCUCGUGAAGCUUGGAAGUAUUGGUCAGAUAUGCCUGCACCGAAACGAGGGGAAAUUGUUAGGCAGAUUGGCAAUGCAUUAAGAGAAAAAUUAGAACCAUUAGGAAAAUUGAUAUCAUUAGAAAUGGGUAAAAUUAUAAUAGAAAACUUUAUUAAUAAGUGGUAAGCUAAAUAUUCAAUAUUUUAGGUAAAAUUUUGGGAGAAGGUAUAGGUGAAGUACAAGAGUACAUUGAUAUUUGUGAUUUUGCGGUUGGAAUGUCAAGAAUGUUUAAUGGUUCGAUAUUUCCUUCUGAAAGACCAAAUCAUAUUAUGCUUGAACAAUGGAAUCCCUUGGGGCUUAUUGGAAUUAUUAGUGCUUUUAACUUUCCUGUCGCAGUUUAUGGUUGGAAUAGUGCUGUAUCCAUGGUAAUAUUAUGGUGAUUGAUAAAGAUUUGACAUUUUGGCUAAGUAUACAAUUAACAUAAUUAUUUGUGUGGUUUAUACUUAGUACAGAUUGUGAUUUUGCUAAUCAUAAUGUGACAUCUGUAAAGUAUAAUUUUAUCAAUAAAUCAUCAAAAUAUAAUAUUAAUAAAAAUUAUAAAUAUAUUUAUAAUUUAGAAAGUUAGGUAAGUACUUCAAAAUUUAUUCAUAUUUAUUUUUAUUCCCCUGAAUUUAUCAGGUAAAAUUACAUAUGGAAAUCCGUAUACUUUAAGAAUACAAUUUAAAGGUUAUUAUGAAUUUUAGAAAAUGUGAAAUUCAAAUACACAUUUUUCUUAAAAACUUUCUCUUAUGACUUACAGUAUUUUUGAUUAUGAGGGCAGUAUAUGUAUAUUAUAGAAUACCUUUUAUAUUGGUACUUGCUUUAUGUUUAUUUUCCAUGGCUUAUAUUAAAAUUUUAAAUAAUAAAAUAGUAUUUGAUUUAUUUUAUUUUUCUUAUAAUUAAAAUUCUAUAGUUCUAACAUUUCAUACAUUGUUUAUAUUUUUGUAUACCCGUUUGUAUUAAUCAUGUAUUAAGCUUUUUAAUUGGAAAAUCCAUUUUAAAUUUAAAUUUGGUUAUGGGAUUAAUAUGGUAUUAAUUGGCCUAUGCAAAUGUAACACUUUUUUUUUUUGCAACACUACACAAUUUUGAAAAUCUGUAUAUUUUUAAAAGUAUCUAAACAUUAAACAAAACAAAUUGUAGUUUUUGUUGAUAUAAUUUUAUGAUUAGCUACCAUGUGUUGUUACACACAGGGCCAUUUCAAGAUUCAUGUCAAGGAAAAAUUAAUGUGGAGGCCCUCUGACCAUCAUACGAUAUGAUAAAAAAAUACUGAGAAUCUUGCUUGGAAAUAUAUUUUUCCAAACCUUAACCAAUCAAGCUUAUUUAAAUUCACCUACUGCACUAGGUACAUAGUACAUUUUCAACAACUUCUUAGCAAUAUACUAAAAAAAAUACAAUUUAUCACUAGAUGAUUUUAAUAUUUAUCGAAAAUAAUAACUCUGAUAUAUACAGAAUUAAAUUAUAGAUUAGAUAAAUUAAGAAAAUGAAAAAACAAUUGUAUUGUUUAAUUAUUUUCAAUAUAAUAUUACAAUUUAUACCGGAAAACUUUUUUUCAGCAAAUCUAUUACACAAUCAUAAUCUACAGUCUUUGUUAAUUUGUGUCCAGUAGAAAGUAGUAUUAAAUCAUUUAGAUUACGGUUCUCUUUUGUGGUUGACUGUAAAUAACUUAGAUAUUGAGUGUAGCAAUUCUAUUGGUUAACUAUAAUGUGUAUAUUUUUUUUCUGUCCGUAAAAAUGUUCUACCAAAAAUUUUGCUCCGAUGUAUAGUAUGUAGAACUUUUUCUGUAAGGAAAUUUUUUAUUGUUGUUGCAUUAGAGAGGUAUUUUUUAGAUGUUUUCAAAAUAAUUGGGAAAAACUGGGAAGAAAAUUAUAGGUAAAAUAGCAAAUAUUUACAGCACGCCACGGCUCCUCCAAUUUUAUUAUUUUAUUGGUUUUAAUUUUUGCAAAUUAUGUUUUUUAUCAGAAAUAUUGUUCCACUCGAAAAAUUAUAAGAAAUCAAUUUUAUUCCUUUUAAUAUAUAGCCAUUGUCAAAGAAAGUGGUUUUUUGACACAUAUCUAUUGUGCACAUUAUUAGUCUCUAUGACUCAUGCUCUCCAUGGGUGAUUAUGAAUAAAUCAUGAAUAACUUGUAGUCACCGCGUCUGCCUGAUGUAAAGAAAUUUCAGUAUUUUUAUUCAUAUUUCUUCGCAUACACCGCUUUUGCACCAGUGUACCACGACAACAAUAAGUAAUUAAUAAUAUUUAAUUAUAAUUUAUAACUAUUAUUAUUAUCAUUUAGAAUAACUAAAUGUUGCCUGUUUAUAUAUUAUUAUAAAAAAUAAGUCUACAGAUACGAAAUAAAAUUGUAUUAUUGAUACUUAUAAAUAUAAAGAUUUUAGAAGUUAUAGUUUCGAAUGGGUAACAUCGAGUAAUCCUAAAUUCUAACAUAUGUAUUAUUAUCUUAUACAUCAAGACUUUAAUAGGUGGUAUUAAAAAUAUUGCAAAAAUGUUCCCAUUGUUCUCCCUGCCCUAUGAAUGGCUCUAGUUACACAUAGUAACAACACUUUAUGGCAAAACAAAGGAGUACUUAAGUACCUAUAUUAUCAUAAAUUACGUGAAUCAAAUCCAUUGGCAUUAUUUCUUCACUGUUAUAACCACCUUACAUAAAUGUCUACAAUAUAACUUCUGUUAAAAGUAGUCUAUAAAUAACAGUCACCUUUAUGUAAUGGUCAUUUUUUUGAUCUUGUCCUUGAUAGGACACCUUUAAGGCUCUAAAGGACGGUCACCUCUAUAUAAUAGUCUUUAUUUCCAAUCCCUUCGGUGACCAUUAUAUGGAAGUUUUACUGUAUAAUAUUAAAUAACUUAUAAAGUUUUUUUACUCUUCAAAUAACACAAUAUUAAUUUUUGAUUUUUGUGAAGAAAAAAAAAUUAUAGAUGCAAAUCAAUUGUUUAUUAGAUAGGGAUCUACCAAGUUGGUGUAUUGGUGGGUUGGAAAAUUAAAUAUUUCACUGCACCACCAGAAAUUGUAAUCAUUUUAUACCGCUGUAUAGGACAUAGGCACUAAAUUAAAUUCAGCAACGUAAAUUUAAAAAAGAACUGAUACUUCUAAUGAAUGCACCACUGUUGUAGGUUGAAAUGUAAGAUACAUAAAGUUCUUAAUUAUUUUGUAUCUGUAAACAAUAAUAAACUAUUGCUAGCAAAAAAACAAUUCUGAAUGAAGUUGGUUUUUAUUGUUUGUUAUUACGUUUAUUAUAUGUGAUUUAAAUAGUCAUAAUAUUUACAAUUUUCAUCAAAAUGAAAUCUUAAAAUCAUCAUGAAAAAACGUUACUACAUUUCCCUUAUUUUAUUUUUUUGUUUACAAAGUACAACUUAUAAUGAACCUCCUGUUAAAUUUACAAGCAUUUCUGUUCGGUUCAACAAUUAUAUUCACUUACCUAGUACCAGUGGUGUUCCCAUCAAUUUAUUUGAGAGUAUCCUAUAACAUUCUGCGUUACAUCUAGUUUUUUUAUAUUUGUUUUAUGAUCCAAAAAUUAAAUUAAAAUAUCCAAAAUAGAACUGAAAAUUUAAAAAAAAAUUUAAUUAUUAACACGGAUUAUUGUAAACUAUAAGAAUAUUGCGAAUUUUUGGUUAUAAUUAUCGAAAUAAAUAAAAUGUGUAAUAUUAUGGUUUAAGUGAUUAUAAGAUGGUAUGAACGGGCACUGAUAAAUAUAUUUUACAGCAUGACAAAUUUGUUUUUUUUUUUACAUUUUUAUUUGACUAUUUUUACUAUCAAAACUAUUUUAGAGUAAAUGCAGUAUGCCCGUGAUUUUUCAGCAUUAUGUCGAGAGUAUACGGCGAAUGUGUAGUUUACCCUAUGGUAGUAUCUUUAUGGGAACAUUACUGUCUAGUAUUUAUCAAAUAAAAACUAGGCAUGUAAAAAAAUCGCAAACAUAAAACGUGUAUAAAUAGUUCAAGAAUCACCUAAAUGCUUCGAACAUUUUACCACUUCUAAAAAUGUCAAAUAUAUGUUAUUUUGAUGAAAAUUUCAAGUCUUUGGGAAUAUUUUUAAUUAAAUUACAAUAAUAAAACAAUUGAAAAUAAUGAAACCAUUAUUUCUGUAAACUUUUAUGUUCUUUCUACGUUUUUUUUUUGAUUUUGCAUUAUUAAAAAAAACCAUACGGCGAAUCAAAAUUUUUUUUACUUACCAACCAAAUUAAAAAUAUAAAAAAUAAAGUAGAAAUCAAUAAUGCCUCUGAGCGCAGUAAAUAUUGAUUGUGUGAUUUUUUAUUUUUUUCAGUUAUUUUGAAAACCUUUUAGGAAAUCAAAAAAUUACCUCCUUAUUGUACAUACUAGAUAAAAAAUGCAACUAAUUUAUCUAGUCACUUUUCAAUUGGAGCAAGAUUUGUGGUAGAAAAGUCAUUUACAAACACAAAAAAUACACAAACCAAUAAAUCCCUAGCUCCACUCCUAAUAAUAUAAUUACAGAAUCUAAAAAUCAAAUUUGCCUCUUUAUUUUAUCAUAAUCAUUAUAUUUUAGGUAUGUGGCAAUACAGUAAUUUGGAAAGGGGCGCCUACUACUUCUCUUACUUCAGUUGCCACUACAAAAAUAAUAACAUCUGUUUUGGAGAAAAAUAAUAUUCCUGGAGCUGUUUUAUCUUUAUGCACUGGUGAUGUUGAUAUAGGAGUAUCAAUGGUUAAUGAUAAACGAGUAAAUUUAGUUUCUUUCACUGGAAGUAGCACAGUUGGCCAAAAAGUAUGUACAUAGUACCCUGACAUAAUUUACCGUACCUAGUACCUAUUCUUUUUAAUUUCCAUAAACAUGAUGUUAAAUAUAUAUUUCUUCAGGUUGGUGUUGAAGUACAAAAACGAUUUGGUCGUGUUUUAUUGGAAUUAGGUGGUAAUAAUGCUAUUAUUGUCACACCAGAUGCUAAUCUCGAUAUUGUAUCACAAUCUGUGGUUUUUGCUUGCUGUGGUACAGCUGGUCAGAGAUGUACUACUACUAGAAGACUAAUUUUGCAUAAAUCAAUAUAUAAUAGUGUUUUAGCCCAUUUAGUUAAAUCAUAUUCUAAUGUUUUAAAAAGAUUAGGAGAUCCUCUUGAUGAAAAUACUAUUUAUGGCCCUAUGCAUUCAAUGAAAGCUGUUGAAAACUUUAAACAAACAAUAUUAGAUGCUAUUGAAGACGGAGGACAGAUCGAAUUUGGGGGAAAAGUAAUAUUAAAUAUCUCUUAAUAACAUUAUAAUUAAAUUUCAUAACUUUAAUGAAGUUUUAAACAUUACAGAUUUUAGAUAGAGCUGGUUAUUUUGUAGAACCUACUAUUAUAUCUGGUUUAAGGUAUGAUUCACCCGUAGUACGCCGCGAAACAUUUGCACCUAUUGUUUAUUUAUUAAAGUAUGAUACUUUGGAAGAAGCUAUUUCAUGGAACAAUAGUGUAGAUCAAGGAUUAUCAUCUAGUAUUUUUACUAAUGAUGUUGGAAAUGUAUUCAAAGUAUGUAACAAUGUAUUACAGUAUAUUAUAUAUUCACAUAUAAAAUUACAUAAAUGUAAUGUUUUUACCCUAAAUUAAUAAUUAAGUACCUAAUAAUAACUACUAUUAACUUGUUAAUCAAAUAUUUAAAUACAAAAUAGAAAUAAGCAAAUUGAUAAAUUAGAAAAAGUCACAAAAUUAUUAAAGUUUAAAUUUCAAAAUUAAUACACUACAUAUUAAAAUUAUUUAAUAUACUUAUUAAUUGCAAAAUUAAUUGUUUUUGUAAUUUUUUUGUUAGUGGAUUGGUCACAAAGGAUCUGAUUGUGGUAUUGUUAAUGUCAAUAUUCCAACUAAUGGAGCAGAAAUUGGUGGUGCAUUUGGUGGUGAAAAACAUACGGGUGGUGGACGAGAGUCUGGUUCAGAUUCUUGGAAACAGUAUAUGAGGAGAUCAACUAUUACAAUUAAUCAUGGUUCUGGAUUAACUUUAGCUCAAGGAAUUAAAUUUGAAUAA